CUGCGCGGGGCUGGAGGCUGCGAGCCGCGGUGUGGCCGUCUGUCCCUGUGGCGUGUCGGUUCGGCUGUCACGACGUUGUGGGUGUCGGCGCGAGGCGGAGCCGGGCCAGUGGGACUGGAAGGGCUACGGCGCCGCGCCGGGAGGUAGUGCUUGGGAUUUUCUUUGAGGUCAUGCUGAUGAAAUAUGGAGUCCUCUUUGCUAAUUUCACCUGGAUCGGAGAAGAGCUGCUUCACUAAAGAAACAAAGGAAAUAAGUGGCCAGAGGAACUCUGCAGAUGCCAACUCCAUACCUUGAAUCUUCUCUCUUUUCAGCCCGACAGGACUAAUGACUCACACAUUAACGAAAAUGAUCUAUUCAUCAUAUAGUUUUAGCAGUUAAAGUUAUUUUUAUUAGUGUGUCCAACUUACAAAUUUUAAGAAUUAUUAAACCUGGAAGGCCUUGUUUAGAAUAGGUUGCUUUUUAGCUCUCAGAACUUCAACGUUUACUUUGUUUUACACAUGAGAGUCCUCAGUACUGUAGCACAUCAGGAACAAUAUGGGCUUGGAAGCAUGCAGCUUUAUUGUGGGCUGCAGUGGGAUUAAGUGGACAGCUCGACAUCACCCAUUUUCUUGUCCAGAAUACCACAUAAGCUAAGCAUAUUACUUAAGUUUAAUGCAAAAGGAGUGACUUGAAAAUGGCCUGGGUAAAAUUUUUACGGAAACCUAGUGGUAAUCUUGGCAAAGCUUAUCAAGCUGGAAGUUUGCUGUCCCUAGCCCCUACUGUGGGCUUGUUAAAUGAACCAGGACAGAACAGCUGCUUUCUUAACAGUGCUGUACAGGUUUUAUGGCAGUUAGAUAUAUUCCGAAGAAGCUUGAGAGUUCUGACCGGACAUAUAUGUCAGGGAGAUGCCUGUAUAUUUUGUGCAUUGAAGACAAUAUUUGCACAAUUUCAACACAGUCGAGAAAAAGCACUUCCCUCAGAUAACAUAAGGCAUGCUCUUGCAGAAAGCUUCAAAGAUGAGCAGAGAUUUCAACUUGGCCUCAUGGACGAUGCUGCCGAGUGCUUUGAAAAUAUAUUGGCAAGAAUUCAUUUUCACCUGGUGCCAAACAGGGAUGCAGACAUGUGCACCUCUAAGUCUUGUGUGACUCAUCAGAAGUUUGCCAUGACCCUGUAUGAGCAGGUGAGGUGUCUUAGUUAUCUGGGUAGAAACUGGACUGCUGUCUCGGGGAAUAAUAGACUCAGCAUGUGUUCUUCCCUGCAGUGUGUGUGCCGGAGCUGUGGGGCUUCCUCAGACCCUCUGCCCUUUACCGAACUCGUGAGGUACAUUUCUACAACAGCCCUGUGCAAUGAAGUUGAAAGAAUGAUGGAAAGGCAUGAGCGCAUUAAACCAGAGAUGUUUGCGGAACUGCUUCAAGCUGCAAACACAGCAGAUGACUAUCGGAAGUGUCCUAGUAACUGUGGCCAAAAAAUAAAAAUACGCCGUGUUUUAAUGAAUUGCCCAGAGAUUGUUACAAUUGGAUUAGUGUGGGACUCCGAGCACUCAGACUUGACUGAAGAUGUUGUUCGAAGUCUAGCCACGCAUCUCUACCUUCCUGGGCUUUUUUAUAGGGUUACUGAUGAGAAUGCCACAGACAGUGAGCUGCAGCUUGUUGGUAUGAUCUGUUACACCAGCCGACACUACUGUGCCUUUGCUUUUCACACCAAGAGCUCCAAGUGGGUGUUUUUUGAUGAUGCACAUGUGAAGGAGAUGGGAACCAGAUGGAAAGAUGUGGUCUCCAAGUGCAUACGAUGCCACUUACAGCCCCUUUUGCUGUUUUAUGCAAACCCAGAUGGUACAGCGGUCUCUACUGAGGACGCACUCAGACAGGUUGUCCACUGGUCACAUUACAGAUCAGUUGAAGAAAACAUGGGAUGUGGAAAGCCUAUCAUUUAUAAACCAGAUAAUUCAAAGGAAAAUGGAUUUGGUGGUCAGACGAAACAGAAAGAAAAUCACAAAUUUCAAACUGAUAUUUCCUCACUUAAUCGAAGCCAACUGCAGACAAGUGGAAGGAGAGCACCAGUUAAGUUAAGCCAUGAUCAAAGAGAAAAGAUAAAAGACAUUUCCAGAGAAUGUGCUCUGAAAGCAAUUGAACAGAAAAAUGCACUUUCUUCUCAACGGAAAGAUUUAGAAAAAGGACAGAGGAAAGAUACAGGCCGACACAGGGAUUUGGUUGAUGAAGACUUGACAUCUUUCAAGUCUGGAUCACCUCCUGCCUUGGAUGGCUUUAGACAAGGGAAUCCCCAUCUCUACCACAGCCAAGGCAAAGGACCUUGUAAACAUGACCGAGCUACCCAUGAGAGCUACACUUCUGGAAAAGUGAUAAGUUCAAGCAAAUCCCAGAAUCUUCUUGUUCCUGGAGAGAAAACAGCAGGCAAAGCUAAGAGUGACAGUGGCACUGGAUAUGAUACAGACAGCAGCCAAGAUUCAAGGGACAAAGGAGGCAGCUGCAGCAGUAAGACUAAAAGCCGCCACCGAGGCUGGAAACCCAUGAGAGAAACAUUAAACGUCGAUAGUGUUUUUAGUGAAAGUGAGAAAAGGCAGCACAGUCCAAGGCGGAAAUCGGAUAUCGGUAGCAGGCCUAAGUGCAGCAAGGAUCAGAGUUUUAAUAACUGGCCCAAAGCAAACCCAAAGCAAAAAGGCUUAAUGACCAUAUAUGAAGAUGAAAUGAAGCAAGAGGCAGGAAGCAGAAGUUCCCUUGAAACUAGUGGAAAAGGAGCAGAGAAAAAUCUCAGUGCUGCAGAGAGCAGAGGUCCUGGUACCAGCUGGCAGAUGCAAAGGACAGAGUCUGGGUAUGAGAGCAGCGACCAUGUCAGUAACGGAUCUGCCAGCUUGGACUCUCCUGGUGUGGAGGGAAGUGGGGCAGUCAUGGAUGUCGGCAGUGGUAAAGCCUUCAGUGAACAUAUUAAGAUAAACAGCCAAAAUACGGACAGUAUGGAGUAUAUAUCUCAUCAGAGCAAAGACCACCCAGAAGGCUUUAGAAAAGAACUCCAGAACUUGGAAGCAGAUGAUAAAACUCAUGAGCUCCACCCAGAAUCACAUGUGCAAAUAAGAAGCCAUUUGAUAAAAAGGUCGCAGAUUGGUGAAACCAAUGACAAGUUGUUUCCUUCAGCCAGCCCACAAACACUUGCAAGAGAGCAUGUUUACCAGACAAAUGAACACAAAGUAGAAAGACCGGAUAGGAGCAAAUGUUCAGAGUGGCAUAAUACAGAAAAUUCUGAGGGAACAGGCUUGCCAUUUCACGUUGAUGAGAGUUCUGUGGCUGGGAGGAGAGUCUACAGUAACGAAACAGUCUUGCCAUCUUCACUGGCUUCAUCUGUGAGAACUGCUGGACUAAAGCCCGAAACUGGACCCCUCAUGUUUUGGCCACAGCAAAACAUCACAGAACAGGGUUCCUCUGACAACUCUCUAUCCAGAGAACUGACACUUCUGUCUGCCUGCAAUGCUGAUAGUUGUCAGAUGCCAAAACUCCAUUGCCACCGUUCGCCACCCCCUUUGCCACCAAAGAAAUACUCUACAACAAGUGUGCCAAGGUUAGAAAGAGCUGGACUUAACCCUGAUGUCAGGGUUCCCGAGGCAUUUAACACUAAUUCCUCCAGUCUUCCAAAACACAGCUUGAGUCCAGCCUCAGGACCAGAUUUAGAAGGGAGCGCAUGCAUGACCCAGGAAAGAGAUAAAGAAACUAUUCAAGUGAAGCAGCUUGCUGCCAACAGCUACCUGUCCAGUUGUUCAACUAACGAUUUUCAGCCAGAUCAAGACUCUACUUCUGUGGGUCCAAAUGAAACAAUUUCAUUAACUACCUAUUUCUCAGUUGAUAGUUGCAUGACUGAUACCUACAGAUUGAAAUACCAUCAAAGACCUAAGCUCUGUUUUCCAGAGAGCAGUGGCCAUCAUAGUAAUAAUUCACUAUCUCAGACUGAGCAAGUAGAGGGAUCCAUUACAUAAUGAUCAUCUUUUUUCAACUGUCCUUCUGAACAAAGACAUCCAUUGUAAGAUAAACAAACCAGCCAUUAAAAAUACCAACUGAUAAAAUCUAACUGUAUAAAGUAAAAAUCAGGAUAACAUUUUAUGAUAAAUUUACUAAAUAUUUUAGAAAUUUCCUGUGUGUGGUCUUGGCGUGCCUUGAAAAAUAAGGAAGUAUAUAAUUACUUUGCUACAUAACAGUUAAGUAAGCACCUUGUCUCCUGCUAUCUGGUUAGUGAAUGUGUAACUAUUAUACUUCCAGUAUUCAUAUGCAGGCUGGUGUAGUUUGCUAAUCAAGAAAUACAGAGUGUCUGGGAAAGUAACCCUUGCUUCUGCAGAGCACUUUCUAGUGGGCAACCAAAGACGGCCACACCCACAUGCUUUUGACUUCUGUGACAGUCUAAUACAUGGGAUCCCUUCAAGUGUCUUAAAAAUACCCAUGGAUUUACAUUAUCAUCUGGAAAGCAUUUGCCUUAAUGAUGAACAAUUUUUAAUAAUCUCAAAGUCAUAAAAAAUUUAUUCCUAGAACUUUUCAGAAUAUUUAUCUUUAUAACUUGUAUCCAAAAAUAUUUCAGUCAUGUAAGUUAAGAAUAAAAAUAUGGUAGUAUAUUAUUUAUUAAAUUAUUUUCUAGCUUUAUAUGAAAUGUGAAAGGUUUUCCCUUUGGUUUAAUUUACUUUAGGCUGCUAAUAACCAAUGUUACAAGUUAACAUUGGGCCUCUUAUUGGGAUGGUCACUGCUGCUUUGAUCACUUAAAGAUUGCUAGAUUGUCAGAGCUUUUACUAUUGAAGCUUCCAGGUUAAAUUUCUGCCUUUAUAUAAAGGUUUACUCUUAAUGAAAUAUCCUUUUAUUUAUUUUUUUCACUUAAACAGUGAUUUUAUAUCCACUACCAUCAUGGAGUAGAGUUUAUUUAUUUAAUAUUUUUCAUUAUUUUGAAAGUAAGCUGAAUUGCCUUACUAGUUUUGAUUUUAUUUUGUAACAGGCUGAAAAACUAACUACUUUUAGAAUAGUUUCAAAAUGACUACUCCAGCCGGUUGUGGUGGUGCACACCUUUAAUCCCAGCACUUGGGAGGCAGAGGCAGGCGGAUUUCUGAG